AUAGUGAAGACGACAUCUUCGUAGCCAGCAGUGUUACUGUAGUAGACUUUGCACAUCGUCAGUUUUGGUUUUUCAUUUUAAAAGUUAUUUAAUGUGUGUUUUCUUCUCAGCAGCUAGAUGGUUGUUUUAGCAGCGUGUGUCCUUUUUUAAACACUGUGGAUAACAGCCCGUGGAUUUUGCAUUUUUAAAUAAGCUCUCAUAGAGUCAUUGCAGCAUAACUGUGUCUGCUCUUCUGUCAGUGAAAGGAAACGUGCAUCUGGGAGCCACAGCCUGACAUCACACAGCUUUACUGAAGACAGAGCCAGGUCUGAAGGUGUCAUUUAUUAUUGGCUUUUUUGUUUGUUUCAGCUGUUUUGAAUUAGGGUUUUGUGGUAGGAGGAUAGCGGGGAAAACAGUUCACAAAUCAUCGUUUAAUGAGUUGUUGUUACCAGUUGUCAUUGUCCUCACGCUUCCUGCUGUCUUUGGUUUUCUUCCCUCUGAUAAUGCUGUUUUCUGUGGGAGAGACAGAAUAUUGUGGGAGUAGUUUCUUAAAAUGUGUAGCUGGGAUAACUGGAGUGAUUAAUGGCAACACAGAAAGCAUUAUUGGCACUUGUUGCAGUGAGUAGUUCAGUACUUUCCUAUGGUUGAUCUCAUAUUUGUUCAAGUAGUCUUAUAGGGCAACACAGCUACUGAAAUGUUAUGGACUUUGACAUACGUGGUGCUCAGGAAGAGGUGGUGGUUUGGUUUCCUGAGGGAAAACUGCCUCAGCUAAGCGUUGGAAGGACUUGGACGAGUCAAAUACACUGUAAGGAACACAGUAAUGUUUUUUGGUGUUGCUUUUGUUCUUCAUGCUUUAAAAACAGAAGGUUAAAAAUAUGAGUUUAAAUCAGUGCUUAGAAAGAAGGGGCAGCAGCGAGGUCCUGUUAUUCAGGUAAGACUGUUAUCCAGACUACUUCAGUUAGUUGACAGUUUGUGUGUUUUGUAAUGCUCUAUUUCUUUAUUUUGUUAAUGACUGAUGAAGCUCUUCAGCUAAUAUUUGUAACUUCAAUUUCACAAUAUUUUGAUUUAGAAAUUAAAGACGUCCCUUACAGUUCCUUGAUUGCAAGCAUAUGAAUGAAAAGCACUCAGCGUAGAUCCUCGUGGCCAGGCUUCCCAUGUACCCGUGAGUCACCUGCUACACUGACAGUCCUGGGGGACAUUGAGCAACGGGGAAUGUCUGGUUUGUGAAAUUGGUGCAAUGCUUUAGAAAUCUACAAUGCCCUCGGUACUGAUUUUAUAUUACUUACUGCUGACUUUUACCUUUCUAACUUCCUUCGCUAAUUUUUACGAGGUUUUUCAAGCCUGACUUCUGUUUCAGCAAUCUUUGAGAGCAAGUAAGGAGAUUCAGUUUUGGAAAACAUUGAUGAUUUGAGUAAAUAAAGCUCUUCCCAGACGUGUAUUUCAUUUUGCAGGCAUUUCAUGGCACAGGCAUAUUGCUCAAGCUGCUAAGGUUCAUUAAGUAUUUAGGUACGAGUUGUGAGCGUUAAAACUACAAACACUAAAUGAAUGCCCGUAAAUACUUAAUGAGCUUUAGCACUCAACUUUGAAAUGGUGCUACUGUUAGCUUUUUAAAAUUGCUGUUAAAAUCAUAUCCUGCGUGAGAAAGAUCUGAUCAGGAAGCAAACAGCAGACAUUUUGCAUCUGAGCAGCUUGCACGCUGAGCAGCCCCCAGUUACGCCGUUACAGCCUGUUGUUUCAGCCUGUUGCUUGAGGGAUCAGGGUCUCUUUUGGGGAAUCAGCUGAUUGAUUUUCCUCCUCUGAACUCAACUGCAGAGUGCUUGCACUUUUACCCAGAAAAGCAUUCAUAGAAAUAUACUUAUUGGUGGUAAGAAAAUAAAUAGCAUAGAAGAACGCAGCAGGAUUUUAUUAGCCAGCUUUUCCUCGAUAGAAUUCAGUGUCUCAUCUGUUUUUUCCGUGCAGCAUCAGCCUCUUGUCGUUGCAUUUCUACCUUUUCAACAGCACAGUCAUCUUCUGCAAGAUGUAGCAAAUGUUAAAGGGAAAUGCUUUCCGUUCCAGCAGAAUUGAUUGCAACCUUUUGUGCUGCUGGGGCACUCCAGGAGGUUAGUUCCCUUUGGAUAGACAGCAAAUCCAUCUCGUGGUUUUGGGUUAACUUUAGCAAAUCUUAGCCAAAUCAAGGUAAAUCAUGGGAUGUCAUUUCUUACGGCUCUGUCAGUGGCAUUUUUCUGUUUUCUACUUUUGAUUAUUUUAGCUAAGUCACUAGACUUUUCCAUGGCUGGCUGUAGUGUGCUGCCUGUUAAAACAUCAGGACACCGGUGCUGGUACUAAAUCACGUCAGCCAACUGCCUGUGCUGCCUUACAACAUCACGUUGUAAAAGCGUUGUUAUUAUUCAUGUAUUGCCCUUUCUCUUUCAUUUUUCCUCCAAAAAUGGCUCGUGGGUAAGCUGAUGGGGUUGGGAAAGUUCUCAUUGAAGAAGCUGUAUGAACGGAUGUAAAACUUCUUUGUGGGGUUCAUUCUCUUUUUAAAAUGCUCAUUCUGAUUUGCUAUGUAUCAAAAGGAGGGAGAGUGUUUGGGUUAAAGGAGGACAUUUGUCAGUGCCUUAUUAUUAUCUUGAAUACUGAUCCUGAUCCUUCAGUGCUGAGAGUACCACAGACUUGUGAGCUGUGCCCUUGGUGUUACAGGGGGUAACAUUCCCUACAGUCAUCGUUUCUGCAGAAGAGUUUAGCUGCUUUGGUCAGUGCAAAAUAGUUGUGGCUUGGGUUGCUGUAGUAUUUCUUCUGUCGUUGAAUGGUCUCUCUUUAGGAGAAAUGCAGCAGUAUUUGGUAGCUUGGGCUCGUGCAGCUUGUAUCAGACGUAGCUCAGACUUCCUUAAAAUUAAUUUAUUGUUAUUUGGUUUGUGUCUGAAUGGAUGUAGUAGUGGAGAAAGAAACCUGAAAAGGAUUGUCUGAGUCACGGCCUGGAACAUACGAGCUAAAGAGCUCAUGUGCUUAGAAAUGAGCAUGCUUUGCUGUCCCAUUUCUUUUGAUUUAAACAUGGAAGGGUGUAAUUAUGAGAGGAUUUAUUUCUUAACAAGCUUUUUGUCAACAUAAAAACUGCAGGAAAAAAUGUUUGGGGGGAGAGAAGGCUGAAUAAAUCCAUCUGAUUCUUUCAUAAUAGCCCGUAAGCUCAGUUAUGUGUAUUAGGCUUCUGGUGCCAACACAAGGUAGAGAGAACUAUCCUUUACUGAAACAACUGCUGCAGAUUGUUUUAGUACCAAGGCUUUAUAGGCAUCGGAAGGGGAAAUGAAAGAAUAUGUUGUUCUUAGGGAAUUAAAUGUUAUUUCUCUGUUUUCCUGCAUCCUUGAUAAAAACAAUGGCAAUUUUACUGUGGUGUUAAUGGAUGUUGGAAAGGGAAGGAUAGUACGAAGUUCUAUCUUACGCUUUCUAAACAUCUGUGGAGAUGGCAGAAUGGUUAGGUUAAGGGAGAAAAGCCAAAUGAUUUAGGUUAGCUACGCAUAUCGAAGAGGAGAGCUGAUAAGUUUUUCUUGAAGUUACAUUACUAAGAAAAAAAGCUGUAAUGAACUGAAAUUCCCGAUGAUGCUGGCCAUGUCGUGGCUGUGGCUGUCAGCCUGAUCUUCCUCUUGAAUUGCUCAAAGCACCGUGAAUAUUCCGUUUCCCUUUUGUGUUUGCUUAGCAUAUUAUUUUUCUUUCUUUGGGUAAGUUCUGACCUUGAAAUGUGUUUCUUGGACGUAUCUCUUACCAUUCCAAAGCCGUUGGCAAGUAAAACAGAAAAGCGGUGUAAAUUGAUGAAAUAAAGGUUGAAAGAAAGGGUUCUAGGUUGCCUUGAUUGCAGGCACCUCUAUCUCCGUGUGUACAGGAAUGUAUGCAUUUAAGCACUGCUGUACUCAAGUGUGAAAAGCACCAGGAAUCAUAUCGACGUUUCAUAAUGAACCUUUAAGGACCAACCAUCACUGGAAGGGGGAUCGAGGUUGUCAUGCAGUAAACACAGCCGUCUGUAAUAUUCCCUGCCGGCGUGAGGCGUUGCAAUGGUAGAGUGAUUGCACUAUGAUCUCAUGGAGUGAUGUGCAGUUUGGCUGCCCUCUAGCCUGUUUUUCUUCAACAUUUUUAAUACUCUGUGUGCGUGUGUGCGUGUGUGUGUGUGAAAACUGUGUGUUUGCAUAAGCUAGUUUAAAUGAAUUGAAGUACAGGUUUCAAAAAGCUUUCCUACUGAAAUAAAUGAUUUAAAAGACGGCCUGUGUCUGAAGUUUUGAUUUCUCUUGCCAAAAAAGCUGCAUGGAUGCAACCACCAUUAUUUGCUGUGUGGAAUUUGACCGUCUUUUGGAAUGAUGCUGAGAUAAGCUGGAGUUUGUGGAACUCUUCUUGGUGAACCUCUGGAAUACGGCAAGUGAAUAUUCCACUGUCAGCUGGUACAAAGGAGCCCAUAAGCUAGCAGGGAAAUGCAGCUCAUUGAAGAGAUCUGCGCUGUUUUGUUUCAGGGAUUAUUCAGUUAAAUUGUGUGUUUUUUCUUUCCAUUGCAGUUUAUCAGAUUUUUCUCAUUUAUGGGUAUGAUAAACUAAGCUCGCUGAACACAGAUCUCAGGCACAGUGGUUUUAACUUAAGGACGCGGAUGAUGAAUUAAAAUGAAGAACAAAUGAACAGCGGGAAAGGGAUUGUUCUUCACUAGCUUUUUGGUUGGUGUUCUCCCCACUUUCUCUGCCUUUUUAUUCCCCCUAAGCCCUACUAAGGGAUCAUGCAGCCCUCAGUGUGAAAUGCUGUGGGGUCACUGCUUGUGAGAUUGUGAGCCUUGGGCUCCUUUCCUCUUUUUCCUUAAUGGAACAAUUUAUUUCCAAUGUACAUACAAAGGAGCAGGGCUAAAGUAGACUUCUUUCUCCCUUUUGUUACUUCCAAAUGUAUUUUUUUUUUCCUUUUUGCAUGUGAAGGAACCCAGGUGGAGGGAGGGAGAGGGCUUUGAGUCUGGGAGAAGUGGAGAAACCAAACCACAGCAAGGUGCUGCCAGAGGCAUGGAAUAACAGAGCUGCAAAUAGAUCAUCUUUAUGUAUUAAUCUCAGAUUUUGUGAGUGAGAAUGUUAGAUACCAGAUGAUAUCCAGAUGUAAGCAGAUGAUAUUGUUCUGGCAUGAACUGUACGCCUUGAUUGAACAGUGGAAAGACGUGUUUUUGUAACAGCAAAUAAAUUGCAUACAGCAGGCUGUAUGCAAUUCUGUUCUACCUUGUAAUGUUAUUUUCACUUAAAUUGAGCAUCAUUAUGAAAACAUGCAUCCUUAUAAACAUAAUGCUUAUCUUUGUGCUCUCGGUUCCCAAAUUCUUGUUCAAUUUGGGACAAACUAAAGAUCCAAAGUCAUCUUGUUUCCCUGACCUGUUAGCUGCUGCUGUGCAAAGCUCACCUUUACUGAAGGUCUUCAUUUUCUUUAGACAAAGCAGUUUGCAUUUGGUAUGUGUAACAUGAUAGAGUAUCAUAGGAACCAGAUAACAUGUUCCAGAGUAUGAGUGCAGCUUUUGUUUUGAAAGGUUCAAAAGGGCUUUGCAUAAAGGUGAUCUGCAAAGGGAAAAACUUCUUUUAUGGAAGAAGGAUAAGUUGAACUGUUGUAAGGUCAAAUAAUAUAGCUAAGCAUUUAGAUAGAUAUAUAAAGAAACAUUGUAAGAGCACUUUGCAACCAAGGAUAACCUCUGGCUUAUGCAGCUUGCACCAUGACCAUGCAGAACUUGUUUAAUGGUUGGAGUACAAGAGAAGCUCGUUGUGUAGACAGAGCUGUAUGGAAAUGUUCUAAGCAAACAUGGGGAGAGGGAGCUUUUGCCUUGCACAGGAGCACACUCAAAGCAGUAGCUUAGAGUAAAAUUUACAGUGUUGUGAAUAGCUCAGUAGCAUUAUGCAAUAGUACUGGGAAAAGCAUAAGCAAAUCCUGAGUUUCCCGGUGCUGAAGUAGCAGAAUGCACUUCAUUGGGCAUAAACAUACGAGGAGGAUUAAUUCAAAACAAGAUUGUCUAAGUGGUGCUUAUCACUGUAUAUCCAAAAUACUGUUAUAGGAAGUUACCAAACUGAAGGCAGUCUCGCCUCAGUAAUCAGUGCUCCACUGGACUGAAAUCCAUAAUCUGUAAUCAUAUCGGUGCUGCAGUUCUUCUCAUGCCUUAUCAUUGAUACCUGUGCUGCUGUGGAGUACAUUUUAGGCAGUUUAAGUGGCUUCUGACAGUUAAUGAUUGGCUUAUGCUCUGAAAGCAAUAUAGCUUGAUUAUUUACAUCUCAUACAAAAUAAUGAGGGCUGUAAUAAAAUGUUUCUGCUAGUCUCUUAAUUAUCUUGAUGUAAUCCAUUCCAGCUCCAGCCAUGCUCAUUUAUGAGGAUCCAUCGCGCAGAAGUCUGUCUAUGGAACUUUCCUAUAAAGCCUGUGGCAUUCCAGUUUGACUGUGGAAGCAAGUUUUCUUUUACAGAAACUGAUACUGGUGUGACGAAGGAGGACAGGUAGCUCUAGAGACUUCAGAGGUUGCAGAAUACAGCAGCUUUUCCCAGAAGUGUAUCAGAGUCUUGCUUCCAGUAAUGUCUGAACACUGUGGUUACGGAGAAAGGAUGAUCCGUUCCUGGGUCCUCUUGCCUGCAGUGCUGUGUGCCACCAAAGCAGUAGAUGAACUCUCGCUAUCGACUGGAAGCAAGUUCCAUUUGGCUGUAUGAGAACUGCCAAACAGAGCGACCUGAUGAUGGCUGUAAGCUGGGGAAGCUGUUCCUCAGGAGUGGUGGUGCCUUAUUGCCCCGUUCUUAGUCUCAGCAAGGAGUUAGGUAUCUCUUCUUACCGGGCUGCUCAUUAGCAGGUCUGUGUGCCUUACAGAAGGAAUUGGUAUCACACUGUCAUUUUGCUGCAGAGGGAGAAACUGAGGCAUAAUGGAGCAGAAAAAAACAUUGUGGUUGGUGCGUAGCAGUAAUAGUAGUGCCAGGCUGGAGAUUAAGCCAGCUCUGCUGAGAUUUUAUCCAAUACUUUCCAGUGGGUCAUAAAUGCAUAAAGUAAUCAGGCAAGGACUUUGUCAGAGCACAUCUGCUCCAGUGUUUCUGGUAAAAGUACAUCCGUUAUCCCAAUUAAAUCAUAUGGUCCGGCACUGAUGAUGUGUGAAGGUAAAGCCAUCAGUGGCCUGGCUGUGUCUUUCAGACAGACCAAGAAGAAUGUUGGGCAAGCUAAAUCCAUUUAAUUUCUGGUGCUGCCAAUGCUGGAUAUGGGUGUACGUGGAAGUGGAGCCUCAGGGAUUUCACUGGGGGCUCCAUGUGGACAAAAUGAUCUCUUUCACUCAAGGAAGCUUAUAAUAUCAAAACCACUGUAAGAAAAUGGUCUCUGUACAAAGCUUACCGAGAUGAAGGUUUUCCAAUGGCAUGUCAGUUAAAAUUCCCAAGAAGUGGUUUACCUGAGAUUAAUAAUGCAUUUGGAGGAGGUCUGUGAGAUAGCCUGCUGCUCCUGUCAAGUCUCCUGCCAGUCUCAGAAGGGAGGAGGUAAGUUGUAUUUUCCUCUUGCUGUUCUGCUUGCAUAAAAGUGACCUGGGAAAAUAAGAGUAAAAUAGUUCCUUCAAGCAGAUGAGGCAAGGAGAAAUUGGUUGACUGGGUCUAACUGCAAAAAGGAAAUGCAAACCCCUCAAUUCACCCUCAUGCUAAGGUGUUGUGGUUUUUUUUUGAAGAAUAAAAGGAGGUAGCAGAAUUCAUGCAAGGCUUUAUACGUUUGUUUUCUAUAACAGUGCUUUGUUUCCUUUUGGUCCUUCAAGUCCUUUUUCAGUACUGGAAAUAAGCAACCACAUAGAGCAGGAUUUUUCCCUGCUGCUGUGCAUGUGUAUGAACAGCUUCCAAAGGAGGCUUUUGUGGGGCAUCAGAUGGGUUUACCUUGGGCUCAAUGAGUCCUUCAGUUAGGUUUUAAUAUAUUAUUUUCCCUGUCAUUUCUGCUUAGAUAGUGACAUUGAAUGCUCUGAUGAUAUCAACCAACUAUGUGUUCCUUCACUGUCAAGUAUUUGGGAUGGAAAUUUAGCAGGCAGUUAGAUUAAAAUAAAAAUAUCCUGCUGGCAAGGAAAUAAAUUGAAUUAAGUCGGUGCUGCUCUGAAUGUUGGUAACUGUGGAUGAGUUUUCAUGGUUCAUUCUGAAGAGCUACCGAGGCACCCAACAGCUCAUAUAUUAAGGCUAAAUUACUGUUGUUAAAUUUAUUUCCCAAUUCUCUUUGGUAUUUAAAAAAUGCAUUAUCCCCACAUUGCAAAACUUGAAGAAGCUCUUUAUCCAUACCUCGGAACACAAGAAAUGGAAAAGCAGCAUCUAAAGCAAGAGAAGAUUGUCACAUGAACAACUGCACGUAAACCGGCGGUGAAUAAAAGAUGUUCCGUGCCAUCAGGGAGAGGGAAAUCUCCUCUUAGAGCUUCACAAGGGAAGUGUAGGGACCAAAGCCCUCGGGCUUUCUGUGGGGCUGAAUCAGAUCAUGAAAGAAGCUAUAAGUAGGUGAGCAGUCCCAAGGGGUGGCACUAAGCCACGUAGGAAGUCUCUUCUGUGCGGUAGUCUUUGAGGAACAGUCUCAGAGAUUGUUAAAUAUUGAAGGAAAUAUGAACUUCAAAAAGUGGGUUUUAAUUUAAAUAUCAUAAUAGUUGUCGUGUGUAAGAAGUAGAAAGCAUUGAGUUCAACUGUGCCGAAGGGAGGGCGAUGCCUGGCUACAACUCAUACUGAGCUCUGCCCCUUUCUGGGAGCUCGUAGGGCAGCCCAGAUCUUUCUUAGGGUAUGCCUUCUAUUGGAACACGAGUUCUUAGGGUGUGACUUUUCAAGCUGAGAUGUCUGCACAUGAAAGAAUUUGAGCUUUCAAAGAACUCCGGGCCUUUGCUUACCUCCUCUUGAAUUGUAGGGAUCUGAACUACUCGGAAAAGACGAAUUUACGCCGCUUUUCCAAAGGUGGGAUCUGGUUCCUUUGUUUGUACUGAAAGAUUGAUCAGAGCAGGUAAACAGACAUUUGGUGCGUAGCUGAUUAUGAGCUAUGGAAAAAUGGACAUCUUUUUUAGUUGUUCCUAAAAGAUCAGGCUUAGGAUUCAAAGCCGUAACGCAUUUAUUGUGGUAACGCAAACUGAAGUCAUGUGAAUCGAGAACCAUAAGGGUUCCAUUAGCACACAUGGAAAGUCGAGUUGGGUCUGUAAUAGCACUGACAGUAAGUCCCAUUCAGGAGCAUUACUUCUUAAAAAUUAAACAAACCUCUCAAGUGGCUUAACGUGUAGCUGACAGUGCCAGCACGCUUCAAUUUCCAUUCAACCUGAAGUUGCCACACUCUCCAUUCUAAAUGGAAAUAGUGUUCUGCUGAUGUCACUGGCAAGCCUCCUUUUCUCCCAGCAAAAAUGUUUGUGUUACAGUGACUUCUUGAUCCCUGAGAAUACGUUUGUCUUGGUGAUCUGCUUCAGAUGCAAAUUGCUAUACCAGUCAGCUUGUGGGAAGAUAAAACCUUUCUUUAUUUUUAGUUCUGUCCAUUUAAAUCCAACGUGCAGUGCUAGAUGUUGGAAUCAGCGUGGAUUCUUUCUGCUCGGAAGCCUCUGGGAAGAGAUGUCUCACCCCAGUGCUCAAAGGCUGCUUCUAAUUCUGUUGUUUUUUUAAUGUUUUCUUUAAGUGAUACCUAUGGAACGUGUUAGCCACCAAUUUGGGAAAUCUCCCUUGUAUCUCAGUCUUCUGUUUCUCUUGUUUCCUCCCCUGGCCUCAAAGCAGCAGCACAGCUGUGCCAGGAUACCCAGGACUGCUUUUCUGCGCCUCGUCCUUUCAGCCCCAUUGGAUGCUCAGCAGGAGCCGCUCAGUUCACACACGCAGUGCGUUCUGCCUUCCAAGAGCUUUCCAUCAGGCGAGAGGCUCUCUUCUUUUUGCCUGUUUCAAAUGUACCGUUCUACGUGUCCUACAAGAAGUCUUCACGCACCUCUCCAGGUAUUCAGGGAGAAGAAGUCCAUUUUUCUGUUGCCAUCAGACUCAGUGCUUCGUGCAGUGGUCCAUGAUGGGACCACUCAGGAAAAUACUCUUAGCUGUGGUUUCCAGCACAAGAAAUGUUGCAAAUCUGAGCUUAAAAAAAUCAAGUUUGGCUGCUGCACAACACUUUCUCAGUUGAUUCCUUAUUAUUUAACACUUCUCUGAAGUUCAAGUCUUUUUUUUUUUUUUUUUUUGUCUCCCCCCUUCAAUACAGCCUUCAUCCAAAAGACACUGCCAAAUGCUUUACAAGUAGUACAGAGAAAGAGAAAUUGUUUCUGGCACCUAUUGCAGUAGUCAGCAUUGAGCAUCCCGCUUACCCAGCUCACAAAGCACAGAGCCUUAUUUUGUUAGGAUGUACAAAUGCUUCUGCUAUCAAACAAGCAAAAGGACAGCCAGCCCACCUAACCUGCUACCAGCUAGCCACCAAGGUGAGCUUACUGAGCCACUGAGCUUGUAGUUGUAUCAAUGGACACCAUUUGGUCAUUUAUAUUUCUUGCGAAAGAUGGUGGUCCCAUGGUGUGAGCUUUGAUAGCGUGGUAUCAGAAUGUUGUCCCAGUUAUGCCUACCGAUCAGUAAUUCAGAAGGCUCUGCACUAGUGAAGUGCUGGGAGGAGAGGUGCCUUCUGUUUUCUGCUCCAUACUUCCACUCUCUUCCCUCUCUUUUUUUUUUCCAAGGUUGGCUUGGUAUUAUGUCAUUUCAGAUGGACAAGAUUAAGUGAAAUCCUGCUUUGGGUUUCUGAUGCUCUCCCCUCUGUUUUGUGUUAACACUGAGAAUUUGUUUCUGUGUUGUUUGUGGCUGAGGCCUUUUUCCCCACCCCCUGCCUGAGAUGGCUCAAGAAAUGCUGAACAGAGUGCUUAAUGAUUUCCAGUGUUUUCUCUUGACAUUUUAGUUUAGGAGAAUGAGCAAUGCCUCCACUGGGGACUUCCCUGGCAGAUCCACGUCUGAACAGCCAGGGCUGGCUUCCAAGAACAUUAAAUUCCAGCUGCUUUUCCAUCCAAGGCAAGAUAGGUUAUGCAUAUUUGGUGCCUGGCUUAACGCUGCAAGGGACAUAAUUUUCAGUGGUAUAAUGGACCGCUUGAGCCUCUCUUGUCAACUGGGAGUUUGAGUAUGCAGCGCGUUUGGAAAUGCAGCCCAUCCUUACCCAGCAACUAGCAAGGGAGAAAUCCAGACCUGCCAGUCGCUAUUUCAGCCUGUGACUUCUGCUCGCCUUUGUCCCAUCCGAGCGCGGUAAGGCAGAGCUUGUGUGCUCUUCUGGAGUUGGCUCCGCGUCUGCAGCUGCACGUUGAAAGGUACCGCAGUGUUUUCAGAAACCCAAAAGGUAGCCAGUCUCCAGCUGGUAAAAUUGUCAUCGUUCAUCAACUGAUUGAACUGUGGAAAUUUACCCAAGUAGAGGAUCAGGUCCAGUGUACACAGCUGGGAACCGAGCUGAGCUCAGUAGCUAUCUGUGCUCAGUGCUAAGCACCGGCCAACUGGGUUGCGCACGACUUUCUGCUAGGUAGCAGUGUGUCGAUCAAUGUCCUCUUGUUCGCUUGGAUCCAUGUUGUCUCCCAUUGCUCUGUCCCUUCUCUGUUCUCCUUUUCCUUCUAACUAAGCAACGUCUUACGGGCAGCGAGAGGGCGAGCCACAAUAGAUGAAAACAGAUCUGUUUUUGUGAUGUUUCUGGGGAAAACGUUCCUGCCCUUACACUUGAACUUCUCUAAGAGUGGUUAUAUUUCAUUACGCAUCUUAUCCUUGUUUGUGAAACAAGCAUGAGCUGUGCUUGCUAUGAGUUCAGUAGAGAAAAGAAAUGGAUAUUUGGGGAAGAUUGUUCCUCACUUGACAGCAUUAUUGUAAGCAAGGAAAUUUAAAGGAGGUUUUGCUUAGGCCCUCUAUUUUUCUCUGACUUUGUGUUCGUAUUUUUUUCCUGAAGUUUGUCUCAAGGUCUGCAUGAAGACCCAAACCUCUAAAAUGCUUUAAAGUCGAUCUCUCUCUGCCCGCGUGUAUUCAGCUAGCGUGGUAAAAUGUUUUGUUUCUCUUUUUUCUUUCCAGAGUCUAUGAGAUCAUUCAAGUACGGAGACUUGGCAGCCUCCAUGUACGUACAAAGACGGCUGUUUGAAUUUCAGACUAAGUGUCGUUCUGGCUAAGGAUGAAUUAUUUGGUGUGUUACAUGAGGAUUUGCUGCUUUAUCUGGCCUGAAUAAGCAGGAGCAAUGGUUGUGGUCAUCAUCAGUUCAGAAGGCAGGUUCAUUUUAUAGACAUGAGUCUUGAAGUCUGUUACAAAGAGAUCCACUGCCUGAAGUGUGCUGAGGUGCCAGGGUCAUGUGUGCCAUCUGCAUCAUCUGUGCAAAGGGUGAGUGCUGUGCCCCUGUGAACUGCGUGGAACGCUGAAGGGGAGCAUUAAUGAGCAUUGCAGAUUGAUUUACAACACCUGGGUCCCACUUAAAAUAGCGUUACAAGAAGUAAAGCCUCUGUAUAUCCAAGCCUGAGAAGGCUGAUAGGAUUUUAUUUGCUUCUGAAUUCUGCAGCAUAGAUGAAGAGUGCACACCACCUCUCUCUCUUCAUUUCUGUUUAAGUUAUUUGUGCUAGUCCAUCUUUGCUGACAUUAGUGGCACUAUAAAAUACAACUGCCCUGGCUUUGGUCCCUUUAUUCACACGCUGUAGAUGAAUGUCAGAAGGCGUUUGCAUAUAUUUCUUACAUUGGCAAAUUGCUUUGUCUUUCAAAGAGUACGUGUGCCAUUCACAGUGCAGGUCUGUGCUUUCUUUGUGGACUGCACUUGAGAAGUGCUAAAAGCGUAAGGGUACAUUGUAUACAUAUAGCUUCCACAUGCUGUUGAUUAUGUUGUCCCAUCUUUCACAUCAGAAGAGUCAGGAAACCAAGACGUUACUGUUGAUCACACGUUGGAAUGCAUUGUUAAAGCCGUGUGCUUACAAAAGAAAAAGUUGUUCAUCCUUUGGCCUUGUUUCAAACCAGGAAACAAGACUGUCAAAGUCUGUGUGAAAGAGCUGUCAGAGCCUUCUGCUGUUUACUGGUAGGUAGAGAGGGUUGUGGAGACAAAGGCAGGAAACCAUUCUUGAACAGAAGAAGCACAAUCAUAGAAUCACAGAAUGGUUUGGGUUGGAAGGGACCUUAAAGCACACCCAGUUCCAGUCCCCCACCAUGGGCAGGUUUGUCCCCCACCAGAUCAGACUGCCCAAAGCCCCAUCCAACCUGACCUUGAGCACCUGCGGGGAUGGGGCACCCAUGGCUUCUCUGGGCAGUAGUCUAUAUAAAGUUAAAGGCUAUACAGGGAAGAGUUAUAGUGAAGAGUUGCUUCCUUGCAUCUAAUCUAAAGCUGCCAUCUUAAAGCCAUUAACCAUUGUCUUAUCCAUACAUGCCAUUGUAAAAGGUCCCUCCUCAGCUUUCCUGUGGGCCCCUUUAGGUACUGUAAGGCUACAGUGAGGUCUCCCCAGAGCCAAACUUGAACAAGCCCAACUCUCAACCUUUCUUCAUAGGAGAGGUGCUCCAGCCCUCUGAGCAUCUUCGUGGCCCUUCUCUGGACCCAGUCCAAGAGGUCCAUACCCUUCUUACACUGGGCGCCCUCGAGAUGAGCACAAUAUUCCGGACAGGGCCUCAAGAGAACAGAAAUAGAAUUCAGUAAUAAUACGAAAAUCUGAACAGGAAAACUUCCAGAUUAAGUUAAAUAUAUAUAUAUAUACUGACUUUUGUGUAAGAUUUUGUGAUCGUCCUCAUCUCUUAAAGAAGGGUGGGGGUGCCGAGUUGUGUGUUGGUCAACCAAAGGGCUCCGUCUCUGCUUCCUGUUUAGUCUCAAUGCAGGCCUUGUGCUGGCAGGGCAGAACCAAAAUGAGGUGCUAGUGAGCUGAGAGCUAUUGGUUCUGGGUUGCUGGGAUCCCUGAAGGGGUCAAGACUGGGAUUUUGUUUUGUUUGCGCACUCGGGAUAAAGUGCUGGAGUAAUAUCUUGGGCUGUCUUUGUCAGGAGCUUUAGCUGCUGCCUUCCUUAGCGUUUGUGUGGAUAUCUUUCCAACAUUUGGUGCACUGCAAUUAAGUCAGCGUCGGAAGCUGUAAGAUGAAAGAUGAGUGGGAGGGGAGAGAAAAAUAGAGCGAUAACCAAAGGCUGUUGCCAGCAAGAACUAAAGAAACAGCACCAAAUGAUUGGCAAAGUACCCUUUGGCUUCUUUCAUACAGUCCUUCAUCACAAGCAAUAAAGCACCUCUUGAGUUGUUCUUCGCCUACUGGUUGUAAAUCCUAAUGCCUGUGUUCCCAGACCUCACAACAGCCUCUGCUCUCCGGGAGUCCAACUGCUGGGCACGUGGAGCAGACAGAGGAGUCAAAAUGACGAUGGGAAGAGUAGCAAUCACUGAAUUUCUCACUCUCCACCAGGGAAUCUGCUGUGAGUUCUGGGAGGUGGAAAGAAGGCAGCUCCUCUGGAAACACUGUUGGCUUCUAAUAUGAUCUGUUUUUCACAGCCAAAGAAGGGGGAGCAGCCACCUUCCCCCCGAACAGAGCGUGUGGAAGUGAUGUCCUCAUUUCUCUUCUGCCUCACCAGGUGAACCCUGAGGCUGAGGGGAAGGGAGGAGAACAGAGGGCCCAGGAGAAUGGGAGAAGCUGGCAAAGGCUGGACUGAAUGUCUGCAUAGUUAGCAAAGGACGUGGCCUGGAAAGGGAGACCUCGGUGUCGUGGAGGGCCCUUGCCUGAAUGUGAUGCCUAUAGGCCAUAUUUUAAAACAAAACACUAACACAUUCAGCCUUCCUUGCUUUUGCUCCAAAUCACUGCAGCCGUGAGCUCCACCAGUGCAGACCUCCCUCACGAAAGCCACGGUGAUGUCACGUCCAGCAGCACAGGAGGGGAUCAGAGCGUGCUCCUACCCAUUCAGCACAGCCCCGAGAGCUAAAGCUUUGGUCGUGGGCUCAUUUGGAAGCUUCGUGCUUUAUUCCUCUUUGUGUUUAUGGAGCAUCAGUGGAUUAACAUCAGAAAAAGACAAAAGCAGUAACAUUUGACCUCCAGACAUGGCGCUGUCUUCUUUUCCUUCCUCGUUGUCCUCAUCUUUUCACAGUAAAGAAGCAGAGUAAAACAUUCGGUGUUGGCUUCCAGGUGAUCUGUUCUUUUUCACCCUUCUCCUCCUCCCCCUGGGGAUGGAGGCCCUCACCAUCCUUUGAGAUGUCAGGAAUUCUAGGCGAAGAUUUAUGCAGCAGCAUAAAGAGGCAUUAGACCAUGUAGUGAGGGUCAGACAUAUGGUAGCAAUGAUUGCACAGCCCUGUAAAGCAGCCUCCCUGCAAAGCCCUGGACGCGUUGCGAGAAGUCUUUCCUUGGCAGCAAAGUGCUUAAAGAUGACCUCGUGUCCUGAUCCGGCCAGGUAUGUGCUGCACACAACAAGUAUGGGAACAAACGAUGCUGUUUUCCUUUCCCAAAGCAAGUUAACUUCACUUCUGUGUGGAAAUGAGAUUGAAGCCCGUGUUUUCUUUCUCUCUUGACUGCGCUCCGUUAGCUGUUGAGAAUAGCAGCUCCUCAGGUCUCUGGUAAUGCAGUCUUCACCUCAAAUAGGGAUUCUAAAAUAUUUAAGCAUUUCUCUCCUGAGGCUUCUUGCUUCCUAUUUGUUUCUUGUUGCUAAGCAAUGCAUUUAUACCCCCCAAAUUAAAAUUUACAGCUCUCAAAUUGUCCCUCAGCCUUAUUCUCCAAACCUCACAUCUGUAAUGGGUUUUCCAUCUGCCACUUUUCCCAGGCCGCCCCAUCCAUCCUCCAGUCUGCAGAGGAAAAAGCCUUGUGGUGGUGGAGGGUGUUUUUUUCCCCCUUUUUUUAGCCUCCAUCUGUAAUUAAUUUUCUUGCAAAGCCACAUCUGUCUGUAUGGGGCAGGGGAAGUGGGGAAAGCGAGGUAAAAAGUGAAGUCACUCUCUCCCUUUCCCAGUAAAAUGCAGCGUUUGGCAAAUGCAAUUGUAGUUCCUCGGGGCAUUUUAGUCUUUCCCUUCCAUUCUCCUGCCCUCGCCACCCCUUUCUCCAGCGCAGUCGAACAGAAAGGUGCAGUGCUGCUGCCGGCGCUCAGCUGUAGUUCAGCCGGUGUGGAGCUUGUGGGUUUGGUCUGUGCUGCAGCCCACAUCUGACACUGCAGGGUGUUUCUGCUGCUGGGGUUGCUGCAAACGCCGCUGGCGUCCUCCGGAAAACUUCCUUCUGUCAAUAUUUGAAUUUUCAAAGCCGUGCUAAAUAGCUGCCGUGAUGUUUCUCUUUGAAAGACCAAGAAAUAGCUACAGUGGUCCCACUCAAUAUCCCUUCUCUGCCAUCGCUCGGUGCAGCUGUUCCAGAAAUUUUAAUGUUCUGCAGACCACCGGGGAGCUUCAAACAGGAGCGGGGCUGGCUGUGAGGCUGGUGGCCUGCCUGCUGCAGGAAGGGAAGGGGAAAGGAGGAGAAAGAACCUGCUGUCUUGGCCCGUCCAGGAUGAACCCGUACCACAGUGGCUGCAGUCUUGGUGAAGACGCUCUUCUUUGGGGCACGUGAUCUUCCUCGCUUUCCCCUUGAGAGCUGUCAGUGGAAGAGAUGUCCUUCUCCUCUGCCUCUGGAAGCAGCUGGCGGAGGUCCCAGAGCCUGGCCUUCCAUUGGGUCGCUGUCAUCCCAUUACAUCACCUGCCACCAUCGCAUUCCAGCUCUUCCAGCUUCCUUCAAAUUGAAAAAGCAGUCACGCGGUUUAGCAGGUCAUCCUAUAGAAAAGUCCUUGAAAUGGGCGAUGGCAAGGAAGGCUGGCCACUGAGCAGCCACUCAGCCCAGCCCACAGGCCAGCUUCUGCUUCACCGUAACCUCAUGAGCUGAGAGAUGCUGAGCUGGGGAGGUGAUGCUGACCUGGGGAGUCCGGGUCUCUGCUCUCAGCCUCUGGGCUUGGCUGCUCAUGGGGCUUACGACAGGUUUGUAAUGGAAAGUAACAGCACACUGGUUCCCUGUGCAGGAGAAACAUGAAAACCUUGAGCUGUGUGGGAAAUCGGACCCUCAGAUACAUUCGGACAUCUGGGUUUCCACCUUGUACUCCCAGAGCUUGAGCUGGAUUCUGGCUGGAACACCGCUGCUGUCAGCAGUGCUGACCUGCGUGGCCAGCAGCUCGUCCCUGCUGCCACAACGGUUAUGCAGCCGGUUGGUGAGUUAGAUGGGGUAAUUAAUCUGUGUUAAACAUACCUCCUUUCUUUGCCAGAUUACUUUUAACCAAGGUCACUUCUGCAGUUCACUUGACAACAGCCUGGGCAGCGGCACACUACUGGCACAGCCUGCGGACUGCUAUAGGGAUGGGAGGACAAACAGUGACAAGUAAGUUGAUUCUGCCAAAGACACACUGCUUGCCAUUCAUCCCAGCAUGAAAUGACCCAAAUCUGAAAAAACACUGACACCCUGUGGAGACGUACAGAGGGACAUCGUGCAGCUCUUACUGGCCCUUGUUGCUACCAUAGGGUUAAUAAUUAAGUUAUUUCACGUCCUGUUUUAGAUGGGCCAUUUUUCUAACUUCUUCCAAAUUCAUCACUUUAAAAAGUCGUUAAGAAAAACAGUCGUUUAACCCUUUUCAAUUAGAUUCAUUUUUUAAUCUUGUAGCUAAAACCGAAACCGUUCAUUUGUUAAGAAGGGCAUUUCUUGGUAUGAGGACGAAUAUUCUUGAAGAUGCAAAGAAUGUACCCGGAAUGGUUGGGUUGCACAAAGGCCGUUCUUCCGCACACCUGGAAUCAUAGAAUCAAAGAAUAUCCCAUGUUGGAAGGGACCCAUGAGGAUCAUCGAGUCCAAUUCCAAGUUGGUUGGUUGUGUGUGUUUCUGACGGUGCUUCUGGGCAGAGACUGCCUCAGUUAAAACUAAAGAAUAGAUACGUGCAUUUCCCUUUUGGCUUGAGUUGAGCACAGGGUCCCCAUCUGGAUCAGGGGUGGGUGGCGAGGAGUGUCUUGCUGCUCUGAGUGCAGCCCUGCAUUGCACAGGAGAUGAUGGCAGGAUGUGAGGGUGCUUCUGUUUGUUACAGCCACUGAAACACAGUAAAGCCAAGUGUUCGAAGUCCACUGCUCACCUUGUAUAGUAAUUUCCUUCCAGGACGAUCAUGUGCUCGUUUCUCUUGUGUUUGCAUUGCCUGCUUUGUCUUUGGAGAGGCCUUCUACCGUAGAGGAAGUUCACAUUCAAGUGUAAUGAAGCCCUUUAAAGAUAGCAUCUCACUUCUCAUUUGCGGCCAAGUUGCAAACUUACUAACCAGUCAUGUCAGCCCUCCCUUGAGCUCCGUGCUUUCACCUGGGUGAAGAUGGAUAUUUAAUAUUCAGUGUGGAAGCAAUGAGCUGGCCCAGCAGUGUGUGUGUUUGUAGCAGGGAGCCCUAUCUCGGUGAUGGGGUUUCCGUGCAGACCCAGCACGUCCAUUUGUAGCAAGGUUUGAGAUGUUAAGAGUCUAUAAAUACCUGUCAAGUUCUUAUGGAGAGACCCAGCUUCCAAGACUGGAAACGCUCACGGAAACGGGAUUACAGACUCAAAUGGCAAACAGCUCAGCCUCAACAUGGCUGAGGGUGCUUUUUUCCCUCCCCUCGCCCCCCAGAAUGCCCCCUGGGUGUGUUCCAAAUGCAAUAUUCCCAGCCGUGCCAGCUGCAGAUGGGGUGACAUGCGCCUCCCCUCUGCCGGGCUGCCUUGGGCCCUAAGAGCCAUCGCUGACAGAGCUGUAUUUCCUUUCAGUUGUCUCCCGGAUUUACUGCGUCGAAGCUGUGCCGCGGCCACCUUCUGAUCAGAAGUGGGUAGAUAAAUCUGCUCCGUGUUCUGCAGUGACUGCCUGCUGCCCUGAAGGAAGCGUGUCAUGUCUGCAAGGAAGCGUUUCAACCUGCAGCCGUGGAGUACGAACAGCAUCAAUCACUCCUUUCCAACAAAGGUUGGGAGUUCCAGGAGAUGCUUCCGUGGCAGUCUGUCUUUUACAGUGCAAGUUACGAAUGAAAUUUAGUAACUAACACCCCGCUCCUCACCUGACCUCCAAUAGACUUCCUGUAACACUGAGAAGAAAGGGUCAGAGGAGAAGGGCCCAGGGUCACCAUGAAGCUGAAGCAGCGAGUUGUGCUGUUGGCCAUCCUCCUUGUCAUCUUCAUUUUCACAAAAGUUUUCCUCAUUGACAACCUGGACACCUCAGCUGCCAACCGGGAGGACCAGCGCGCCUUUCACCGCAUGAUGGCCAGCCUGCGUGUAGAACUGGACCCCCGACUCGACCAUACCUUGCAGUCCCCUUGGGAGAUCGCAGCCCAGUGGGUCGUGCCCCGCGAGGUGUACCCCGAGGAGACACCCGAGCUGGGAGCUGUUAUGCAUGCCAUGUCGACAAAGAAAAUCAUAAAAGCUGACGUGGGAUACAAAGGGACCCAGCUGAAAGCUUUGCUAAUACUUGAAGGAGGACAGAAGGUUGUUUUCAAACCCAAGAGGUAUGCCAGGGAUUAUGUAGUGGAAGGAGAACCAUAUGCUGGCUAUGACAGACACAAUGCAGAAGUGGCAGCCUUUCACUUGGAUAGGAUUCUUGGUUUCCGACGAGCUCCGCUGGUGGUUGGCAGGUUUGUGAAUCUACGAACAGAGAUCAAACCAGUUGCCACAGAGCAGCUGCUGGGUACCUUCAUGACUGUGGGUAAUAACACUUGCUUCUAUGGAAAAUGCUACUAUUGUCGGGAAACAGAACCAGCUUGUGCGGAUGGGGACAUCAUGGAGGGGUCAGUGACUCUCUGGCUACCAGAUGUCUGGCCUCUUCAGAAGCAUCGGCACCCAUGGGGUAGGACUUACCGUGAGGGCAAACUUGCCAGGUGGGAGUAUGAUGAAAGCUAUUGUGAUGCCGUGAAGAAGACUUCACCCUACGACUCGGGCCCCCGGCUGCUAGAUAUCAUUGACACAGCGAUAUUUGACUACUUAAUUGGGAAUGCUGACAGGCAUCACUAUGAGAGUUUUCAGGAUGAUGAAGGAGCCAGUAUGCUUAUCCUUCUGGAUAAUGCCAAAAGCUUUGGCAACCCUGCCCUGGAUGAAAGAAGCAUCCUAGCUCCUCUUUAUCAGUGCUGCAUCAUCCGAGUUUCUACCUGGAACAGGCUUAAUUACCUGAAGAAUGGAGUGCUGAAGUCUGCCUUAAAAACUGCUAUGUCGCAUGACCCCAUCUCACCAGUGCUUUCUGACCCUCAUCUGGAUGCCCUAGACCAGCGGCUUCUCAGCAUUCUGGCUACAGUGAAGCAGUGCACAGACCAGUUUGGGCCAGAUGUUGUGCUGGUGGAAGACAGGAUGACACUGUCUCAUUUGUAAUUGUAGUGGAACACAGAUGAAACUCCCUUUUUAAGAAACAAACAAACAAACAAAAAAAAAAGAGAGAGAGAAAGAAAAACAGCACAAUCAGUUCUGAAAGGCUGUGGCCAAGAGGGACUGAAAUGAACAGGAAAGCUUCCGAGCCAGAGAAACAGAGGUGAUGCUGGCUUUUACCUUGGGCUGACAACAGUGAGAGGUGGGAAGUUUGAGCCUUGCACGGCUCAGUACCUGUAAGGGCAUCAUGGCCAUUGUGGUGUGUCCAUUGCCGGCAGUGGACGUUGCACUGGAUAAAAAUGGCUCUCGGUGUUGGUGGAAUUGUAUGGAAUACAGACACUAAUGUGUGGACUGAUUUUAGAGGGGACAAAUGGAGAUGAACAGUCUGAUCUUCCUCCCUUCUCUUCCCCACAUACGGUCUUGCGAGUUUUGUUUGAUUCAGGGUUGUACAUAAUCAGCUGUGAGCUGGUUAGGUAUUUUACUGUUUCUUUAGAAAAUGAGGAACUGGUGAAUAAAAUAAUUAUUAGACUGAAUAGUUGCACCCCUCACGGGGUGGGAGGCUCUUCGGAAUGCCAUUAGGGGUUGGAGAGGUGACCUCUUAGCUCAGUUGCCCUCCAUAAGAACUGGGAAAGGGGGUUGCCUCUUGUGAUAACGUUUCAGUUUUAUCACUGAAGUCCUAUCAAAGAUUUAUGCACAGGGUUGAAGACUUAGAGGAGGACAGGGUGGUUACAAGCACUUGAAGGUUAAGGAGUUAAAAUAGUUCCCACAUGUCCUUCACCGUUUCCCAUUUGUAAGGAACCUGGCAAGGUCUGAGUUAGGGAAACACCCCUCCAGUCCUAUGUUAAUAUUAACCAAAUUUUUAUUAUAUUGUAGCUGAGGAGGAGGAGGACAGAGUCUGUCCUUGGAAGCAGAUUCCGUUUAGCGAAGUCGUGCUGCUUACUGCAUGCCCUGUUUAAUUUGGAGAAUCUGGAUGUGCCAUGCUGCUGAAAAAGAGGUAUAUUGAUGGACUUCCCAGUAACCUGCAGCCAUGGGAAGGGCCCCGAGGGGUGGAAAGAACCCUGAGCUAAUCUCACAUGGAGAGAGCUUCUUGCUGCUGUCAGCACGGCUCAGUGCUGCCGUUCUGUGGAGCACCAGCAGUUUUUCAGGCCCACCUUCUGCCUGGACUGUCUCAUGGCUGAGCUCUGAAGCUGCGAGCACUUGCAGUAAGAAUUCUGCCUUGCCCAGCUGCUUUCUGCAACCCACACUGCUAUGCUGACAGGAGGGUGGCCAUCCUGGAGUCCUGUUCCUGAUGGUUUUGCUGUAAGGUGAGGAAUUGUCUGUGCCAGUUGGCUUUGCAGAGCGGACGAGCAGCACUCCUCUGUGCUUGUCCUGUCAUCCCUCAGCACUGGGUCAGUCUGCACUGCAGAUGAGCUUGUGCCCAUUGAAACUUGUCACGCUUGUGGUAGGUCUGAACCUGUCUCCAGAAGGGAAACAGCUUCCGUCCUACUUCCAAAUUUACCAACUUCACAUCAGUUUUCAGUUCAGACAGUACGGACCUCAGAAGUAAGGAAAUGGAUCACUUCCCAAAGUGAUCACAUAUCAUUGGAUUUAUGAGCUAGAGCAGCAGAAUGUCAGCUUAAGACCUUUUUCUUGAUUUGUCUGUCAAAAUCUUUCUAGCUCUGCAGCAGGGUGACAGGCAGAUAAGAUGAAGAGCUGCUUCCUGUUGCUUGCACCUGCUGCCAUACCUGAUCAAAGAGGUGUUAGUGAAAGAGUUUAUUUUUAAAAGGAAUUCAGUUUGAAGUCUUUGUACUGCCUGAGCAGAGUAUCUCGAAAGCAGAAUGCAGCUGUUUUCCUGAAAUUGGCUUUUAUGUUCUUCUAGACGUCUUUCAGACUUGGCCACAACACAGACUCACCUCACAGUCAGGUUUGGAGCUAGAAUGACUUAUUGGUGGUGCUAGUUAAGGCUAACACACAGCCAGUUUUUGGACGCCGGUGUUAAACUGGUGCCUGUUUAUUGCUGCACAGGAAAAUGUAAUACGUGCACUACAAGCCAUGGUCCUUUGUGCAUGUAGGCAGUGUGGGCAGUGCCUUGUGUGUCCCCUUAGCACAGAGCCAGGGGCUGGUAGCUGGGUGUGAGCAGGGGCAGGAGCUGCCGAGGGCUGACCUGUCCAUCACUGCCUGCCCUGCCGUGCCCUGUGGGCAGGUGUGAGCUGCUGGGGCUCACACUGCUGGAGGUACUGUGGGCAGCAGGUGGCUAGUGAAUGCUUUCAUUCUGAAGCAGAAGAGGCUUAUACCGAGGCAUUUGGAUGUAAGCUUGUUUCCCAAAAAGUUCAAGAGGGUUUACACAAAUGGGGAGACUGUAAAGCACAUUGGGUUUAUUUUUUUACUCUUUUUUUUUUUUUUUGAGCACUUAAUAUUUUGGGCUGGAUCUACAAAAAUCUGAAGUUUUGAUUUGACCACUCUUAGUCAUUUACGUUUGACUUGAACCACAGAUUUCAAAAAAGCAUCUCUGUCUUUAUGAAAUGAGAUUAAUGUUCAGUGCUUAUGCUUUGUAUGUCAUGGGCUUCUACACCAAAGCUUUUGCAGUCAGAUCAGUCUUGGGGAUGAGUUUUCCAUCAGUAUGUAUAUCAAAGAUUUAAAGCAGUGUAUUGGUUUAGUUGUAAGCAAAGGCCAUGAAAUCAAGCAUCGUAAUUUAGAAGUAAGCAGGAGAUAGGUGCUUUCUUUUUCUCUUUUUGUAUUUGUGUCAUAUUGAUGCUUCUGGUCACUAUAAGCACUGCUGGAGCGUGGUGUUCUGCAGCAGGGAGGAAGAAUCAAUUCCUCUCUUACCCCAAAUCAGGAAGAUCCAAUUUUGGCAUUGUGAUAAUCUCUGGUGCUUUGGCAGCAAUCAUUGUUAUGUUUGAAUAUGGAACCCUGAGAAAUGUUAAACUCAAUUGUAACCAUUGCAAAGGAAAUAAGCAGCAGCAUCCACAUGCAAACCAGAAUCUGCUUGAAUCUCUGAAAGUAGUGCCACUUGUGAGACAGGAGCUAUGUUCUGAAGUCGAUGAGGGUUUUGUGGCACUUCUAAUUCUUGUUCACUUUGCACACUGUAAUUCCUGGCUCCAGAUGUUACGAAACGGUUCUGUCGUGGAUGUUAGUAAUAUCAGAGCGCUCGAAGCACAGAAAUCAAGAACUAAUUAAAAAGAAACAGCAGAUGGCUGAUGAUGCUCUAUCUCUUCCUUCCUAAGUCAGCGCUGGGGCUGGAGGAGCCCCUGAGACUGGCUCCUCUUCCAGCAGCUAGUGAACUGGAGUGUGUCUUGCCAAACAAACUUCAACUGAAAAAUAAUAAUUUAUUAAGAAGGUAAUUUAUUUGCUGUGGCAGUUGGAGCAAGAUGCUUGAAACAGACACCCCUGUUGGAGCUGUCAGAGGAUUGCCCCUGGGAGCAGCUGCACAAAUGGAGGUUGCUAAUAAGAAAACAGAGUGCAAUCACAACUUUCUACUUGUAUCCCCCAGGGUUGGGUUCUGCAUAAAGGAACAUUGUGUGAAUAAAGAUUUUAAUAAAGCA